AGUCGUCCCCAGUAUAACUUUAAUUAUGCCGUCAACGAUGCUUUUGGUAACGAUUUCGGCCACCAAGAAGGGCGCGAUGGAUACAACACUCAGGGAGCCUACUACGUGCAACUUCCCGACGGUCGUCUGCAGAGGGUCACUUACACUGUCAACGGCGACCAAGGAUACGUUGCUCAAGUGACGUACGAGGGUGUGGCUCAGUACCCCGCCUUUCAGCCGUCUACCUUCUACUCACCUGCACCUUCUUAUGGUUAAUGUCUGGAAACUGAAUAUGUAAUGUUUGUUGAUAUACGUAUUCAAUUAAAGUUAUAGUUAUCUCAUGCAUAAAGGUUUCAUCUAAAGUAUGAAU